CCCGCUUGCAUUGUUGCGUAUAAAGAUACGAUGCGCCAACGAUAGAUCUGCGUCUUUCGGCAGGUUACACUCGCCCUUCUUCUUGUCGGGCAAGCAACAUGAACGCCUCUUCUGCCUCUUCCGACUACCACGUCCUUUCGAAGGCAGCGCAAGUUAUGGAUUCCUAUCCCGUAAACCUCACAAGGGCGGUCGGCAUCGCCUCAAUGCUCUUCGUCCUGGCUUUUUGCAGACUUUCUCCGUCAUCGAAAUCGACGAAAGCAUGGACAGCUUUCUAUCUGACGGUGUUUUUCCUGUACACCCUACAACCGCUUGCUUUCCAGGCGACGACUGCAUCCAUCAAGCUCUAUGCUAGCCAACAUCCCAUCAAGACCACGCUCACUCUUGUCGCCAUUGCUGCGCCGCUCAAGUAUAUCCAGCAGAAGCUCAGAUAUGCCAGACUCAAUGCCAUCAAGAUGAAGUUUGGAUACACCAACGACCCGACGACUUGGCAGGACAUGACAGUCGAGCAGGCGCAGGAAAUUGAGUCAAAUAUGGCUGAGUGGGAGUUCCCCCGACUCUGGCAAUUCGGCUGGAUCUCUGACUUCUUCCGGACUUCCACGGAUCCCGCCGUUUCCCGUGUCAUUGGCGCCUCGGGCCACUUCAUCAACGAGGACAAGAAGAUCGAACACCAACGUAUGCAAGCCACCAUCCACCUCAUGACGGGAUUCGUCGCCUACAAAGUCAAAUCCCGCAACCACAGUCUUGUGGUGGCACGCAUCAACGAGCACCAUCAUCGUUACGGCAUCAAGAUCAACAGCGACGACGUCCUCUACCUCAUGAUUCAUUUCGGUCUCGCACCCGUGCCAUGGAUCAAUCGGUUCGGGUAUCGCAAGAUGGAAGAUUUCGAAGUUCACGCUAUUUGGACCUUGUGGAGGGAGAAUGCUUGUCGCAUGGGUGUCAAGUAUAUCCCCAAGACGCUCGAGCAAGCGAUGGAAUGGCGAAAGAACUUCGAAACGACUUUCCGCUGGCGGGAAGAUGCCAACGAAGUCAUGGCCAUGGCCAUGCUGAACCAAGUCUUGUAUCCCGUCCCCGGCCCGCUGAAGGGCUUUGUUGCACAAGUCUUUGCCUCCAUUGUGGAAUGGGACAUCGUAUACUACUGUCAACUCGAAAAACUCCGUCCCUCGCCUGUGAUUCGAUCUAUUGCGUACGACUUCUUCCGCCUUUGCGCCUUCCUGAUCCGCGAAUUCGGCCUCCCUCGUCUCAGCCCUUACCAACGCUCGCCCCAAGAAUCCGGUCCUGAUGGUCGCAUGACCUUUGGCCACACCCCCUACGACACCAUGCCCUGGUGGCAAGAACGUACUUUCUGGAACCUCUGGGGCCCACGCGCGCUCUUUGGUCGAUUGCUCGGCCUGCCACGUCCCAGCAGCGAAUAUCAAAGCGAGGGUGUGCCUUUCGAGUCCAUGGGCGCUCCACAUCCCUAUCCGAGGGCGCAGGCGGCGAUUGAGAAAAAGGUUCGCGAGAAUGCCGCGAUACUGGAGGAUGCGCCAUUCGGAUUCCGUCCCGCUGUCGGGUUCCAAGCGAACCGCCUACUCCCUCCUGUCGACGGACCGGCCUAUGGAAGUGAGAUGAAUACUUUCCCACCUGAUACACCCACGACGCCUGCGAGUCCGCUUCGCUUCAGCCGCGAGUACGAACGGCGUGGUGGUGUCUACUCGAACCUGGGCGAUGUGGAGACUCCUGCUGACGUGCUGAGCGGGACGGACAAAGAUUUAAAGGAGAAGGUGCUUGCCGCUGUGCCUCAUACGCCAAGGGCAAACGGCGCGACUGUGGGUUGAGAUCUGAGAGGCGUGUGAGUUGGGUGGUUGGGCCAGGAUGAUGCGUGACGCGAGACUGUGAACAGUAGCCUCUGUGUUCUGUUGUCUGAUAAUUUUUGAAUUCACAUCUUUCCUUUGCAAAUUCCCAUCGCCUUGGUCCUCGUGCUGCACUUGUGUCGAAUGCUGGAGAAAGUCGCUCCUCACUGCCUCGUAGAAUCAUGCGUCUCUUGCCCAGGCUCAUGACUUCCUCAACGUCCUCAGUGCAUUCAUUCCGGACUUGUUCGUCGGAGUGCUGAUCUUACCGUUGCACCAACAAUCCAGCGUUUACAGCAGCUAUGAAACCGUGGACACCCCAGUCAUGGCCGAGGAUGUUUGCUUUGCAGGAGAGAUCAAAG